AUGUCAUACAAGUCAACAAUAAUAGGACUUUGUCUACUAGCUGUGAUAUUAUUAGUUCCGCCUUUAGCAUGGCACUCCCAUACCCAAAAUAUUCCAGCAAUCAUAUUGAUUGCAUGGCUCCUUAUAAUGAAUAUGACGUGUAUUGUCGACGCAGCAAUAUGGAGUGGUGAAGAUUUCCUAACAAGGUGGGAUGGUAAGGGUUGGUGUGAUAUCGUCAUUAAGUUGCAAGUUGGGGCAAAUAUAGGUAUAUCGUGUGCCGUCACUAACAUCAUUUAUAAUUUGCAUGCUAUUUUAAAGGCAGAUAGUGUUUUACCGAAUCUGUCAUCAUGGACAAAAAUCGUUAAAGAUCUUGUAAUCAGUUUAUUGACCCCUGUAAUUAUCAUGGGGUUUUCGUAUCUAUUACAAGUGUUUAGGUAUGGUAUCGCACGUUAUAACGGUUGCCAAAACCUAUUGUCACCUACAUGGAUUACUACCGUUUUGUAUACAAUGUGGAUGCUUAUAUGGUCGUUUGUUGGCGCCGUUUACGCCACCUUGGUAUUGAUUGUAUUUUACAAAAAACGCAAAGACGUUAGGGAUAUUUUACACUGCACUAAUUCAGGUUUAAACCUAACAAGAUUUGCAAGGUUAUUAAUAUUUUGUUUCAUCAUUAUUUUGGUCAUGUUUCCUUUUUCAAUUUAUACUUUCGUUCAAGAUUUACAGCAGGUUGGCGGACAGUAUAGUUUCAAAAACACUCAUUCAAGCACCAUUUGGAAUACCAUUAUUAAAUUUGAUCCUGGUAGACCAAUUUAUAAUAUAUGGCUAUACGUUUUGAUGUCCUAUUUGGUUUUUCUAAUAUUUGGUUUGGGCUCUGAUGCUUUAAAUAUGUACUCCAAGUUUUUGCGUUCGAUUAAAUUAGGCUUUGUGCUAGACCUAUGGAGAAAUUUUGUUGAUAGGAAUAAAGAAAAACGUGUUGGUAAAUUACUCAGCAAGUUAUCCUCAAGUAAAGGUUGCAACAAUCCAUUUUCUACGGACUCUGAAAACUACAUUCCUACGUGCACAGAAACUUAUUCUCCUUGUACAGGCACACCAAUAUCACAGGCGCACUUCUAUGUCGAUUAUAGAACUCCAGAAGAUCUUGGAAGAUCUCAGAAUAAAAGUAAAAAAAACUUGUUUACUAAAGGAGAAGCAGACUGUAUUCUUGAUGAAAUGGAGUUGGAAGAGAGUAUGCGCAUACCUUACGUCACACGAGGACAAAGUUUUGACGACGAGGCAUCACUUGGAGGACUUUCAAAGGUUACUCUGGAUUAUUCAGAGAAACUUCACAAUUCUGCAAGCUCGAAUUUUGAGGGUGACAGUCUUUGUCCUUCUCCAACUUUCAAAGAGGGAGACUCAAGUUCGAUUGAACAUAGUUCAGAAGGUACUGCAGGCCCCUAG